UUUAGAGUAGGAAGAGACUUGAACCGUUGUGACAGUACACCUCACCUCCCGCUUCUCACUUCUGCUCCAACCAAAAGAGGAAAAGCGUCCCAUCCACAGCGCUCGACGUGUAUUCCUUCCCAUUUCUUUUCUGACGUCGUAACCCUAAAAGCAAAAAAGGAUGUCGCUGUAUCCAUCCUUGGAGGACCUUAAAGUGGACAAGGUCAUUAGGGCACAAUCCCAGUUUGCCACUUCCACCACCAGUACCCCAGCUAUCACUGAGGGGGUCUACCAGGCACACCCUGCCACACAGGGGAUGCCAAGCUCAAGUCUUUAUCCAAACCUCGAGGAGCUGGGAGACUACAUGGGCCUCAGCCUGAACAGUGAUGAGGUUCAGAGAAACCUUGCACUGGUCCCAGUGGCUGAUAGUCAGCAGGUGGCUGUGCCGUCAGGUCUGGGUGGCAUGGUGCGGCCCGUGACUGGAACUGACAUGGGCAUCAGGAGGGCGGAGAUUCGUCCAGGUCUGCGGGAGGUUAUUCUCUGCAAAGAUCAGGACAGAAAGGUCGGCCUGCGAUUCAAAGAUAUCGAUAAUGGAUUGUUUGUCCAGCUGGUCCAGGCAAACUCUCCUGCAGCUCUGGCUGGUCUGAGGUUUGGAGAUCAGGUUCUGCAGAUUAAUGGGCAGAACUGUGCCGGCUGGAGCUCAGACAAGGCCCAUAAAGCUCUGAAAGCUGCAGGAGAACAGCGCAUCGAGCUCAUCGUCCGCGACAGACCAUUCCAACGUACAAUCACCAUGCACAAAGACAGCUCUGGCCACGUGGGCUUCAUCUUCAAAUCUGGACGCAUCACAUCUCUGGUGAAGGACGGUUCUGCUGCCCGCAAUGGUCUGCUCACUGAUAACUACAUCUGUGAGAUCAAUGGCCAGAAUGUCAUUGGACUUAAGGACAAUCAGAUUAAGGAUAUCCUGACCACCUCUCCCACUGCCAUGACCAUCACCAUCAUGCCUAAAUUCAUCUACGAGUACAUGAUCAAGAAGAUGUCAAGCGGCCUGCUGAAGUCAUCAAUGGAUCAUUCUGUGCCUGAGGUCUGAACACAGGAGAAUGACCACACAUACCCUUUCAUAAUGCCUACAAUCUCUGUUCAUUUCUGACAUGUCAAAUAGGCCUUUUUCUAUUUCAGUUGUUUGAUGUUAUUGUUUUGCCUUCUAGUUCUUGUUUCUGUCCUCUAUGUCAUUGUUGCCAUGGUUUAAUUGUUGUCAUGUUACAUGUUAUACACUGUAGUAAUAAUCCAUUGUUGUUGAGUAUCUUUAUCCGUUUGGUUAACUUUGACUGGGGGCAAGGGGUUAUGAACCUGGCGAGAGCUUCCGUUUUUGAAAAGCGUUGGAGUAGACUCCAAACAUUUUAAGUCCUCCUACUAUGCACAAAAUUCAGUCAAAACAUCAAUAUGCCAAGACAGCUGUACUCUGCCAGAAUAAAUACUGGGCCAGAAUUUUUAAUACAAGUCGCUUCUUUUUCACUUUGAACAUGUGUUUUUUUAGGCGUUUAAUCUUUCGGAAAUCUCUGUUAUUAUCAUGUAAAUGUUAGUUUCUCUAAAAUUUAUAUACGAAUGUAAUCUCAAGACUGAAAUUAUUACAAAAUAAAUAAUCAUCUUGGUGAUACAAAUUA